AUGGCUACCAGCUCAGCUCUGAAAAUAGCUAUCACAAAGGGAAAUGCUGGAUAUUUCACUGCUACAGCUUCUGGUGGUUCCCAUGGGUUUCAGCAUUCGGGUCAUCAACGGUCUUCUACUGUUGAGUUUAGUGAAGAGUGGAAACUUAGUUUAGGAUCUAACACGGCGAGAAUGGUUCCUCCAACUGCGAAACAAGCUGGAGCUGUAAGUGCUUGGAGAAAGGAGGCAAUUAAUCAGUUUAGAGAACGAAAUGAAGAACAUGCUAAAAGCCAGGAUGAUGAUGCUUCUGGUGAUGGAAGUUAUUAUUUCAAAGGCGUUGUCUCCAAACUAGAUAAUGUUCAGUCUUAUGGAAACUGCGAGAACUUAGAUUACGAGCUGAAGCCAAGAGGUGAUAUUAUGACACUUGAUAGAGAAUUGAACGGCUUUAUGCAACAGAAGGGUCUAAGAGGACCUUUCAUAGCAUUACCAAGUAAGAAUAUUGAGGUCAGGGAUAUAACAGACGACAAGGAUGCGCAUGGAAAACAAAGACCUCUUGUUACUUCUCGUGACGGUGCAAGCUAUGAGAAUACAGUAACUAUUUCCAAAGUGGAAAAAUGCACUGACCUGUCAGAAGUCCGUGCAAACCUCAGAAAAAUAUAUGAUAGGGUUCAUGUUGUCGACAAUGUGUCUACUGCAAAGGAAAUUGUGGCUAAGCUCAUUACUGAAUAUAGGAAUCUUGUCCAUGCUUGCGAUACAGAGGUGUCCAGAAUUGAUGUGAAAUCUGAAACACCUGUGGACCACGGUGAGUUGAUAUGUUUCAGCAUAUAUUGUGGAUCAGAAGCAGUUUUUGGAGAUGGAAAAUCAUGUAUUUGGGUAGAUGUUCUUGGCGAAAAUGGCAGGGAUAUCUUGGCUGAGUUUAAGCCAUUUUUCGAAGACUCUUCCAUAAAAAAAGUAUGGCAUAACUACAGCUUUGAUAGCCACAUUAUUAGAAAUUAUGGAAUCAAGCUUUCUGGUUUUCAUGGUGAUACAAUGCACAUGGCACGAUUGUGGGAUUCAUCUAGACGGACAUUGGGUGGUUAUUCGCUCGAAGCACUUACAAGUGACCCAAGAGUUCUUGGGGGAACCGAGACAAAAGAGGAAGCAGAAUUAUUUGGUAAAAUAUCAAUGAAGACGAUUUUUGGCAAGAGAAAACUGAAAAAAGAUGGAUCAGAGGGGAAAACGGUGAUCAUUCCCCCUGUUGAAGAGCUACAAAAAGAUGAUCGAGAAGCUUGGAUUUCGUACUCUGCGUUAGAUUCGAUAAGCACGCUAAAGCUUUACGAGAGCAUGAAGAAACAACUGCAAGUGAAGAAAUGGUUUCUUGAUGGAAAGUUAGUUUCAAAUAAGAACAUGUUUGACUUCUACCAAGAAUAUUGGCAACCUUUUGGUGAACUUCUUGCUAAAAUGGAAGCGGAGGGGAUGCUUGUAGAUAGGGAAUAUCUGGCGCAGAUUGAGAUUGUAGCCAAAGCAGAACAAGAAACUGCUGUUACUAGGUUCCGAAGCUGGGCCUCAAAGCAUUGUCCUGGUGCAAAGGAUAUGAAUGUUGGCAGUGACACGCAAUUGCGACAGCUCUUUUUUGGUGGCAUUUUGAACAGUUGUAAUGAUGAGGCUCUUCCGUAUGAAAAACUUUUCAAAGUGCCCAAUGUGGAUAAGGUGAUUGAAGAAGGGAAAAAAAAGGCCACAAAGUUCCGAAAUAUCAAACUGCAUAGGAUUAGCGACAAUCCUUUGCCUACUGAAAAGUUCACUGCUUCAGGCUGGCCCUCAGUUAGUGGAGAUACUUUGAAAGCCUUAGCUGGGAAAGUCUCCGCAGAUUACGACUUUACAGAGGUCGUUACAGAUGAUUCUCUAGAAGAAAGUAUUGAAGAUGAUGAUUUUAUUCUGCUACCAGAUGAAAUUUUAGAAACCCAAAACGCAAAUACAUCUGUUGAAUCGGACACAUCUGAUUUUGGAACAGCAUUUGAUGCGUUUGGAGGGGGUGAAAGUGGAAAGGAGGCAUGCCAUGCAAUUGCUUCAUUAUGUGAAGUUUGCUCCAUUGAUUCCUUAAUAUCAAAUUUUAUCCUUCCUUUGCAGGGAAGUAAUGUGUCAGGCAGAGAUGGUCGUGUCCACUGCUCCCUGAAUAUUAACACUGAAACUGGGCGCCUAUCAGCGAGAAGGCCAAAUUUGCAGAACCAACCUGCAUUGGAGAAAGAUCGGUACAAGAUCCGUCAGGCCUUCAUAGCGUCACCUGGAAACUCACUUAUUGUUGCUGAUUAUGGGCAGCUGGAACUUAGGAUUCUGGCACAUCUUGCUCGCUGUGAAAGCAUGAUGGAAGCUUUCAUAGCUGGCGGUGACUUCCACUCAAGAACAGCCAUGAAUAUGUAUCCACAUAUUCGUGAAGCUGUCGAAAAUGGUGAAGUGCUUCUGGAAUGGUAUCCACAACCUGGACAAGAGAAGCCACCAGUGCCAUUGUUAAAGGAUGCAUUUGCUUCUGAGAGAAGAAAAGCUAAGAUGCUCAACUUUUCGAUUGCAUAUGGGAAGACUGCUAUUGGGCUUUCUAGAGACUGGAAGGUUUCGAGAGAAGAAGCUCAAGAAACAGUGAAUCUCUGGUAUAAUGACAGACAAGAAGUCCGGAAAUGGCAAGAAAUACGCAAGAAAGAAGCUAUACAAAAUGGGUAUGUACUCACUCUGUUGGGAAGAGCUCGUAAGUUCCCAGUAUACCGUUCACGUGCCCAAAAGAACCAUAUCGAACGAGCAGCAAUCAACACUCCUGUUCAGGGAAGUGCAGCUGAUGUCGCCAUGUGCGCUAUGUUGGAAAUAUCAACAAAUCAACGCUUAAAGGAGCUUGGUUGGAAGUUGCUUCUACAAGUUCAUGAUGAAGUAAUCUUGGAAGGACCAAGCGAGUCAGCGGAGAUCGCUAAAGACAUAGUUGUGAACUGUAUGAGUAAACCCUUCAACGGCAAGAACAUUCUCUCAGUCGAUUUAUCUGUUGAUGCCAAGUGUGCUCAGAACUGGUAUGCUGCCAAAUAA